AUGGCGCGUCAACUCGAGCCAGGCCUUUCCAGGCCCCCGGCAGAUUCCGAGCAAGAUGCCGACCCCCCAUUGACCGAGACCAUGGCACCAGAGCCGGUCGAGCGCAUUUCCUCGCAGCGCUCCCAGUGGUAUGCUGCAGAACAACCGUGCUCUCAAGAUGAGGCCGUCGCGCCCAGAACAACUCCAACACCUACACCCGCACAGCCCUCCGGAACCCUCACAGACCCCGAGAAAGAUGCAGACCCAGCUUUGACCGAGACCAUCGCCCCCCAACCCGUCUCCUCCUCCCCUUCCCGGCGACAAAGAUGGUACACCACCGAACCCGAAGCCGUCGCGCCAGAACCAUCACCAGCACCAGCAGGAAAAGAACCCUCCAAACCACUCUCCAAACGCGCAACCCACCUCUACACAGUCUCAUACCUAAUAUUCUUCUCUCUCCUCGGCACCCUCGCCCGCCUAGGCCUCCAAGCCCUCACAUUCUACGCCGGCGCCCCCGUCGUCACAGGCGUCCUCUGGGCCAACGUCGGCGGCAGUCUAGUAAUGGGCUUCCUAAUCGAAGACAAGAAGCUCUUCCAACAAGAAUGGGGCACAACCACCCCCGCCAAACCAAAAGACGACCAUGAAGCCGCCCAGCACGCGAAAAAACACACGGCCGUGAAAAAGACUAUCCCGCUCUACAUCGGUCUGACGACUGGCUUCUGCGGCUGCUUUACGUCUUUCUCCAGCUUCAUGCGCGAUGUCUUUCUCGCUCUGGCGAAUGCCCUGCCGGAUCCGUCGCUCCCGGCUGGUACCGGGAUCGCCUCGCGCAAUGGUGGGUAUAGCUUCAUGGCGCUCGUCGCCGUGUUGCUCCUUACCAUCUCGCUGAGUCUGUCCGCGUUGAUUUUCGGCGCACAUCUCGCUCUUGGACUGGCGCGGGUCACGCCUACGGUGCCAUUCGCCCUGACGCGCCGCGUGGUAGAUCGCGUCAUGGUUUUCCUAGCCUGGGGCUGCUGGCUCGGCGCCGUGUUCCUGGCCAUCUGGCCACCGGACCGACACGGCGCCGAUACAUGGCGCGGACGGGCGGUAUUCUCGCUGGUCUUUGCGCCGCUGGGCUGUCUGGGCCGAUUCUACAUCUCGAUGCUACUGAAUAGCCGGGUCCCGUCGUUCCCGCUGGGAACGUUUACGGUGAAUAUGCUCGGGACGGCGGUGGAGGGGUUAUGCUAUGAUUUGCAGCAUGUGUCUGGGCUGGGUGCUGUGGUGCCGGCGGCGUUGACGGGGUGUCAGGUUUUGCAGGGGGUGAUGGAUGGGUUUUGUGGGAGUUUGACAACGAUUAGUACGUGGGUGGCGGAGUUGAAUGGAGUUGCGAGGAGGCAUGCGUAUGUGUAUGGGGUUAUGAGUGUCGGGGUGGGAUUGGGGUUGUUGGUGGUUAUUAUGGGGAGUUUGUUGUGGACGAGGGGGUUUGAUGAGCCUGUUUGUGGGUGA